UCGGAGCUGUUGUUCUGUAUCGUCAACAUCGAAAAAGCUCAUAAUAAUUUUUCAAAUUACGUUCAAAAUUAUUUCGAUAUGGAUAAAGUGAGAAAGUUAAUUUUUCCCACGUGGCGCCCAAUUGUACGUGCUGCACGUAAUUAUUGCUGCGAUCAAAAAGUGAAGAAUCUUGUGACUUUCCCGGAGGUCACUAUCGGGGAUGGUAAGCUGAAAUAUAUUCUUGCCAAGGUCUACGUUCACGGCGAAAUGGGGCAGGCGAAAACAGUUGUGCGUGGCGUAUCCCGGGUUAAAUACCAUCUCGAUGUCUAUGACCAGUUGCAAAGGGAAGCCAACAGUCUUGAUCUGUGCACUCAAUGCUUGGGUGGCGGUAUUAUGGUCCACGAUUGCGAUAAGAAUUAUAUCAAGAUUUAUGGCCGUUCUCAGACGCUGGGCAAAGCCGAUCAUCACGAGACUAGAGACGUCUUACAUGAACAAGAGAAGUAUUCUGCUUACAAAAUUGAUGCUGAAUCUGGCGGAAUGGAUAUAUAAAACAUAUAGUGUACGUCAAUCCAGCUAAACAAAUAUUUAAAAUUU